AUGGACGAGGGUCUGGACCAUGGCAACUGCGGGCGCGCGGUGACUGACACGCGGGGCGUGCGGGACCACGAGGGACAGGGCACGAACAUGCUCGUGCCGAUCUCAUCAUUGGGUCUCGACGGAGGCCACACGCCGGAACAACGGUCCAUCGCGCACCCGAUUCAGUACUACGGGGAUCCGGGCAAUCUCGUGACGAUUCCGCUUCUGUUGGCCGCGGCGCCGGCGUCGACCACCAGCUCCUCCAUGCAGAUCGGGCACUGCGCCGCCGCCGCGUCAUCACCGCUAGAAGCCAUCGAGUUCACGUCCCAGGCGCAGCUCUCGGUGGACGAUGCGUUCCGGGAGAUCUGCCGUCGCCAAGUCGUUCCGCUCGCCUUCCUUGGUCCCGUAGCUGCCCUGGCUUGUGAAUUGUGA